AGUGUCAGUAUUGUCAAGUAGAUGCCCUCGAAGUCAACCGCAAUUUUUUUUUUUGCAAUUUUUUGUUUUUGUUUGUGUUUUGUUUUCCAAUAGUGAAUAAUAUAUUUCACGAAUUUUUCGAUAAAUUUUUUUUUUUCUAAAGAAAAGAGAAGCAAAAAAAUUUGCGUUAAUUUUUAAUAAUUUUUUUUGUUUAAUUAAUAAAUUUGAGUAGAAAAAAAGUGAGAGAAAUUUUGGUAUUUUUCUUAUUUUUUUUUUUUUUCCUUUUUGUGGGGCGAAAGUGGGGAAAAUUAGUUUCGUUACAAUUUAUUAGUCUUUUGUCUUGGGAUCUUUUCAUUUGAACACCAACGACAAAAUGAUAAAAGGCAAAGAAAAGUUUAAACUGGACUACGCUGAGUUUAAAACAGAAGUUGCUAAGCAAAGACGCUCAGCAGCCACGAGAGAAUUAACAAAGAUUGCUUACUCGGCACCUCAUAGUGUAAUUUCCUUAGCUGAGGGAAUGCCAAAUGAGGAAACUUUUCCAUUUACGGAAAUCACUGUCAAAUUGAAAGAUGGAGUGAAAUUUACUCUUGAUGGUGAAGAUUUGGGUGCAUCACUUCAAUAUAUUCCAAGUCAAGGUUAUCCACCAUUAUUAGAGAUAUUAAGAGAUUUUCAAAGAAAAGCACAUGCACCACCCCUAUGGGAAAGUCGAGACAUCGUGAUAGUUGCCGGGGGUCAAGAUGGACUCAGUAAAUCGCUCGAAGCCAUAAUUGGUUACGGGGAUCCAAUUCUGGUUCAGGAUCCGUUUUAUCCUGGCGCUGAAGUUGUGAUUGCACCUCACUAUGCGGAAUUGAUUCCAAUUCGUCAAGACGAAUAUGGAAUUGAACCUGAUUUUUUACGUGAAACAUUAAGAGAGAGAGAAUCGUCGGGGAAAAAAAUGCCAAAAAUGAUGUACAUUAAUGCAACUGGCGCAAAUCCUACAGGAACAGUUAUACCAUUGGAAAGGCGAAAGGAAAUAUACAGGAUAGCCUGCGAUUACAAUUUCCUGAUCCUUGACGAUGAUCCUUAUCAUUUUAUGUACUUCACCGAGGAGGCGCCAAAAUCAUUUUUAUCCUUGGACACAGAAGGAAGGGUUAUUAGAAUAGAUUCAUUCUCAAAAGUAUUGAGUAGCGGUCUUAGAAUAGGUGUGAUAACAGCUGCAGCUCCUUUGGUAGCUAGUGUGGAAUUACAUAUGCAAAGUAGUCAUCUUCAUGCGCCUACUUUAUCGCAGGUGAUACUAUAUCAAUUACUCAAGAUAUGGGGAUACGAUAGAAUGAUGGAACAUUUUCGAAGUAUAAGAUCCGUUUAUAAAGAGCGUAGGGAAAUUAUGGUGUCACUUGCGGAAAAACAUUUAAGUGGUUUAGCUGAUUUUAAUCGUCCGAGUGCUGGAUUUUUCUUAUGGAUUAAAGUCCGUGGUAUUAAUGACACAUGGAAAAUGGUUAUGCAAAGAGGAGUGACACACGGUGUCCUUAUGGCUCCAGGAGCAGCAUUUAUGGCCGAUCCUUCCAAACCUUGCAACGCCAUCAGGGCGAGUUUUGCUAAAGCUUCAUACAAUGAAAUGAAUUUGGCAUUGGAAAGAUUGGCAACGCUAAUAAAAAAUGAAUUAUCUUUAAAUCAAUUGAUAUUAAAUGGUAAUACGUGAAGAAAAUUUAUAAAAAUACCGACUAUAGUUACAAAAGGAGAUGUACUUAGAAAGGAUAAAUUCACCUUUUAUGGGGUGAAAUUUUCCCUACAGUCGAUAAAUGCUUCCACGUGUGUUCACAAUUACCGACAGUGGGUGAAAGAACGAUGUGAAUUUCGACAUAUUUUUCAAACGGUAAUUAAAUGAUUAAAAAGUA